AUGGUGAUUGAUGGCGAGAUUGAGGUCCAAAUCGAGGAGAAAGAUGUUGUAUCGGAGAGGCAAUUUUGGGGGAAUACACUGAUUAUGUAUGCUCUUGGAGAACCGCUUUCGAUGAACGCUGUGAAAAAGUUUAUGAUGAACACCUGGAACUUUGUGUCGCUGCCGGAAUUAUACUACAACGAGGAGGGCUACUUUAUGAUCAAAUUCCACUCGCAAGCAGAUAAGGAUGCAGUGCUGAUACGAGGGUCGUACACGAUUUACAGAAAACCAAUGUUUUUGCACGAAUGGACUCCGGAAUUUCAACUGAAAGAUGAUUUGCUUAGAGUGCUCCCCCUAUGGGUCAUUUUUCCACAACUACCACUGUUGUAUUGGGGAGAGGACAGCAUUGGCAAGAUUGCAAGCGCCAUUGGCAAGCCUAUACUCAUGGAUGAGUGCACAACUAAGAAACUGCGGGUUUCUUAUGCUCGGGUACUGAUUGAGGUCGAUGUCACCAUUGAGUUGAAGGAUACCAUUACAAUCAAGACCCCCAAUGGGGAAAAAUUGAGACAACAGGUUGACUAUGAAUGGAAACCACCGUAUUGUAAGAAGUGCAAUAAAGUGGGUCAUCAGUGUAAGCAGAAAGAGAAGAAGGCAUGGAUUCCUAAGCAGAAAGAACCAGAGGAGACUAUCCCAAUGAUACAAGCAGAGAAAAAGGAUGAUCGUGGCAAGCAGAAGGAAGUGGUAACUGAGGAAAACCCUUGGCUGCAGGUGAUAUCAAAUGGCAAACCACACAGAGCACUUCGAUUUGAAAGCAGGGAGAAAUUGGAUUGUACAAAUGAGUUUGAUGUCUUAGGAGUUGGAGAAUGCUCCACAGUCAAUGAGACUGUGACAUGA